CUGAUUUGACAGAUCACGUUUUACUCUCAGGCACUGAGAAAAUAGCCAACCGCCGCCUGUGCUGCUGUGUAACGCCUGUAUCAGAGCAACAAGUACAUCCCGGAGCCUGCACACAUACGAUGGGGACCAGACCAGGAACGUUUAUUUGUACCUUUAUUUUGGCAUCAUGGGUGAUCUUAAUCUCAGGCUUAGAGGAACAACUACACUCAGUGCAGGUUCCAAUAAAAUUUGAAGAGCCUGAUUCAGACAAAUGGAUGGAAAAGGGAGAUGCUGAGACUUUCAUGCCUGCUGAUGAUCCAAAUGACGCUAGAGAAAUCCAGCCUGAAGCGGACCCCUCUGACCUUCCGACAUGUUUGCUGUGCGUGUGUCUGACGGGAUCUGUGUACUGUGAGGAGGUUGACCCCGAUAUGACAUCGGUGCCAGCUCUACCGAAAGAGACGGCCUAUCUCUACGCUCGUUACAAUAAGAUAAAAAAGAUUACUGCGAAAGACUUUGGAGAUAUCGUUACACUAAAAAGAAUAGAUCUGACUGGAAACUUAAUUUCGGAGAUUGAGGACGGGGCCUUCAUGAGGCUGACGUUGUUGGAGGAACUCUCCCUCGCUGAGAACCGGCUCGUGAAGCUGCCAAUGUUACCACCCAAGCUCAUAAGCUUUAGCGCCAAUCACAACCGUCUCAAGACCAAAGGAGUAAAAGCCAAUGCUUUCAAGAAAUUAAUCAAGCUCAGAAAUUUAUACCUUGCCCACAACGAGUUGGAGGCGGUUCCAAUCAUUCCAGAGAGCGUGCGCAUGUUUCAUAUUCAGAACAACAACAUUACAUCCGUUACUGCCGACACCUUCUGCAGAAGCAAUGACACCUACUACAUCCGGCCCAAUAUUAAUGAGAUCAGGAUGGACGGAAACCCGGUGAUCCUUGCCAAGGACCCUAACAUCUUCAUCUGUCUGCAGAUCUUGCCGAUUGGACGGUACCAAUGAAAAAAAAAAAUGAAAUGACACCCAAAUGAAACAAACACAGAUCUUUGAGAGUGCCUCAAACUAUGGACUGAAAGGUGUUUUCAUGUCCAGUUUGCCACCUUGCAAAAGCAGGGUAUGUGAAUUGUUGAUUACUCUGUUAUGUAAGUACUGAAAUUCCCUUUUGGCUUAAAGAUAAUAGUUAAAAUGUAAUAUAUAUAUAUAUAUAACAAUUUGUUAAAAGCUGCAUAGUAAUUUAUGGCUUCCAUAAAAAUGGACAUUUGCAGCAUUUCAAAAUUGCUUUUGAUUGCAAACUUGCAAUGUGAACUGCUUUCACUCCUACUGUUUAAGAAGUCUGCGACGUUAAUUAGGUUCAGCAUUCAUUCCGUACGGACGUGCGUCUACAAUGAUGUAGUCACUCUAUCUUGAUAGAACUGAACUAUUUAUGUGAUUGCUACCUAUGUGAGAAUCAUCAAGUAGGCUGUACAGUUAUAUAUGAUGUUGAAAUAUUACGCUAUAUGUUUUCCGUAGUUAUUUUAAUAAAUCUUUCUCUAAUUUUUUUAUUUUUAUUUUUAUUUUUUUAAAUCCUAUGCCUCCAAGCCAUCUUGGCAUCACCCAUUUUUGCACAAAUGCUUUCCAUGGGACAGAGAAAACCCAGCUCAAGUAAUCAUAUAAACUGUAAAAGCAAACUGAGGUUGAGCACACAAAAGAGAUCUGGAAAAUGCGGGUUAACAUUAUUCCAUUCUGCCGGCCAAUUUGGCAGCCGUCGUAACACUAUGCUCCAAGUAAAUAA